AUGCCAUACUCCCUCAAAGGACGGAAUGUCCUCAUUACUGGCGGCUCAAGGGGAUUGGGCGCCCUCGUGGCUCAGAAGUUCGCUGCCGAGGGGAGUAACAUUGCCAUCAAUUAUAUGUCAAACAAGGGAUCCGCCGACAAUACUGCCUCGGAGAUCGCAAGCAAGUACAAUGUGAAGACCAUUGUUGUUCAAGGUGAUGCUGGGAGCCAGACCGACUGUAUUAAUGCUGUGAAGACGACGAUCGAACAGCUUGGAGGCUUGGACGUCAUCGUUUCCAAUUCCGGCUGGACGAAAAUGACCAACUUCGGGGAUCUGGACGCUAUGGACGAUGCAGACUGGGAUAAGUGUUGGAGCAUGAAUGUCAAGAGCAGCUUUUACCUGUUCAAGGCAGCUCUUCCGACUUUCAACGCCAACCCUGAGGGCGGUGCCUUCAUCAUCACAUCGUCGAUUGCAGGAGUCUCCGCCACUGGCAGUAGUCUUCCUUACGCCGUGUCCAAAGCAGCUCUGAUCCAUCUUAUGAAAUGCCUCGCUCAAACCCAGGGCUCCAAAGUCCGCGUCAAUGCAGUGCUUCCGGGUCUUCUUCUCACAGAAUGGGGUCAGCAAUUCCCCCAGGAGAAAAUUGAGGCUUGGACUCAGAAGACGUCCCUCAAGCACGUACCCGAGGUCGAAGAUACCGCAGACAUGUAUGUGACGAUAGCAAAGAAUUCGUCUAUGACCGGGCAAUCGGUCCAGAUCGAUUCCGGAUUCUCAAUCUAA